AAGUGCUUUUUAAAUUUUUUUCUCAUAAAUGAAAGCCACAACAAAUUUUGAAGAAUAUGGUAGAAAUUUUUAUGGGAAUGGUUUUUUUCUUUUUUUUCUGAGUUUUAGGGGUGAGAUUUAUUGUAAUCAUACUGCUGCAACCGAAUAGCUGAAAGGCGGUGAGGGAAAAGGAAAAAUCGUCAACAGCAGAAAAUCAUGGGAAAUCGGCACCGGCAGAAAAUCCCAGUGUGAAUUCCCGACAUGUGGUUCCUACAAACAUUUUAAUAUUUAUAAAAGCUCAAUAUUGAACAGCAAGGGUUUCCCCCACUUGAUUGAUUGCUUCAUUCAAGGUGGUGUUGCCUUCUCCUGCGAGUGAACGCCUGGAACGGAAAACUCUUAAGACGGUGACCGGACGAGCGGUAGGCAAUUCCGGUUCACAAUUUUGAUUUGCGAUUACAUUGGAAUCCCUGUCAUAUUGUGCAGCGGGAUGGGAGAUUAUCAUUUCGUAUACAAGGAUGUGGAGGGGACGAGCACACAAUGGGAUGAUAUCCAGAGAAAACUGGGUAAUCUGCCAUCAAAGCCUGCCCCAUUCAAACCUCCUGCGUGGACUCCCGCUAAUGAUGAAAAGCCUUCCAAGUCCAAAGAAUGGCUGGAAAACAAAACUGAAGAGGAGUUGGAAGACUUGGAAGAUGACCCAGAUCUCGACGAUGCCCGCUUUCUCGAAGAAUACAGGAAGAAACGGCUUGCAGAGUUAAAAGAAAUAGCAAGGAAGCCACGCUUUGGAUCAGUACUUCCUAUUGUUGGCUCAGACUUUGUUCGUGAGGUUUCACAGGCUCCUCCUGAAGUUUGGGUGGUGGUGCAUUUGUACAAGGAUGGAGUACCAGAAUGUGGAAUCCUUGGAAAGUGCUUGGAUGAGCUGGCUUCCAAAUAUCCUGCAACAAAAUUUGUCAAGAUAAUAUCAACAGAAUGUAUCCCAAACUACCCAGAUCACAAUCUUCCAACCCUUUUGGUAUAUAAUGAGAGCAAUGUUAAAGCAACGUAUGUGGGUUUACAUCAUUUUGGUGGACGGCGUUGCACACCAGAAAGUAUUGCAUUCACCUUGUGUCAAACAGACAUGGUGCUUAUGGGUCGUGAAGAUGAUGUUGAUAAGGAGGCUGUUAUGGAACAAGUUCGUAAGGGCUUUAUAGAAAAGGUUGUUGCAGAACAUGAGCAAGAGCACAGAGGUGACUCUAGUGAUGAUGACUGACGCUACAGAAUACUUUCUUCAUCACUUCUUUAAAUUUGGCUGACAGGAGUACUAUUCCCUAUAAUGAUGGUAUUGGUUGUUGGAGUGUAAUUAAGUUGAAGCCUGGUGUUGGGACAGUCCCAAUUCUGCAAUUAUGGAGUGAAAUGCGUUUGGUAAUUUUUUAUGUAUACUAUUUUGUUCUAUAUCAGUACAAAGAUGGUCGUAGAGAAAUCUGUCAUUUUGAUUGUUUGAGUUGCCUUAUUUGCUGUACAGUAUGCCGUAUUUUCCUCCAUAUUGAAAUUUGAUCACCAUAGAAAUCUAUUGAAGAAAUUUAUGCAUUUCAAGUAAGAAAA